AUGGAUUUACCUCAUCAGUCCAGCACUUAUUGGGUUGAGACAUUACGUAGAACCAGUCCUUCUUCUUUGAAAAUGCAACUACAAAAUCAAUCGAAUUUUCGAAUUUUCGAAUUUUCGAAGGAAGAAGAAGAAGAGAAGAGAGAACGUUGGGAGAAGAACAAAAAGUUUCAAGAAAUUGGAUUAAAACCAGAUAAGUUCACAUUCCCUGUUGUGCUAAAGGUUUCUGGCCAUUGUUUGAUGAUUGGAACGGGCGGAUCAUUGCAUUCCAUGGCUGUGAAGUUGGGUUUCAGUUUAGAUUUACAUGUGAACAAUACCCUUUUGAGAAUGUAUGCAGGAUUUGGGGUGAUCAGGUUUGCAAGACAGGUGUUUGAUGAAGUGCUUCAAAGGGAUAUAGUUUCUUGGAGUUCAAUGAUGGCUGCUUACGUUCAUUGUCAUAAUAGUCAAUGUUUUCCUAGAUAUCUCAGUAACUUGCCAUCAGAUUCUCUGCUCCUGUUCCAAUGUAUGAAGCUAGCAAAUGAAAACCCAAAUUAUGUCACUUUGGUUAGCUUGUUGGGGGCAUGUACUCGUAUCCUAAAUAUCAGAUUAGGUAAAUGUAUUCACUCGCACAUUGUUACCAGUGGUAUUGAACUACAUGUUGAGCUGGAAACAACCCUCUUAGGCAUGUAUGCAAAAUGUGGUCAUAUACAACAUGCUUUCCGCAUAUUCAAGUCGAUGGGUGAUAAAAAUCUGCAGACCUGGACCAUCAUGAUUUCUGGUCUUACUGAUCAUGGACAUGAGGAAGAAGUUGUGUCCUUGUUUGCCAGAAUGGAAGAAUCUGGUUUUAGGCCGGACAACUUAUCAUUUUCUGCAAUCUUAUAUGCUUGUAGUCAUAUUGGCUUUAUUGAUGCGGGGCGUGAAUAUUUUGAAAAAAUGGCAAGUAUUUAUAACAUCAGGCCAACUAUGGAACAUUACGGAUGCAUGAUGGAUAUGUUUGGACGUGCUGGAGAAUUAGAAGAAGCUUAUUAUAUUAUAAGGAGCAUGCCUAUAGAGCCUAAUUCUGUAAUAUUAAGGAGUUUCAUUAGUGCUUGUAAGAAUCAUGGUCAUAAUCCUUGCGCAGAAGAAAAUAUAAGGGAGAUUCUCCUCAAAAUAGAGCCUGAUCUCGAAUCAAACUAUGUACUUGCAUCUAGUUUAUCUUAUCUUUUUGGUUAUUGCAGCGAUGCGAACAGCCUAAGAUUGGCUAUGAAAGAAAAAGGGAUAAAUAAAUAUCCUAGCAGUCAUUUGGUAGUUCUUCCGAAGGAAGCAGUUGAAGGAUCUGACAGUAAUGUUUCUGUUUAUUCCAAUAGAAGAGGCAAUUCAGAUCACCAGGAUUGA